AUGCAUGGCAACAUCGACAUACUCCAACAUUAUCUAGCCACAACUGCCAACCACCGCCUGCCCAUCAUCGCGAUCAAACAUAUCCACAUGGCAAUCGACACGGGCAACGAACAGUUCGUGCGACUGUUCCUCCAACACAUGCACAUCACCAAGGGCGACGACGCCAUCACCAUCAGCGAGCAGUUCAAGAAAAGAGUGAUCAAGUACAGGCGUUCGACCAGAAUCAGUCUCAGCAUGCUAAGAAUGCUGGAAGAGGAAUUCAAUGGUCUACUAUAUUUGAUCCGCCCGCUCUGGGAGGCGGCGCUCACACACUCAGUCGAGCACAACAUGUUGGACAGCGUACAGUACAUCUUGGAUAACUUGCUCAGUAGAGACUCUGUAUGGUCCGGUCCCAGCCAGAACAUCAUGAAGAAGUGCAUCUAUUUAUCAAUCAAAGUCGGCAGCAUCAUGAUGUUUAGGAUACUCAAAGGAUCACGCGUGGGCAGAAUAUACCUCAAGUCGAAUAGUCUUGACAUGGAACGAAUCAAACAAGCGAGAGAUAGCGGACACAUUUUAUUCAUCAAACAACUCGCUGAAGAGAUGGACCAUCAAUCGUCUGAUCUGUUGAUGCCAUCGAAAAGCAUUGCAGAGGCGCCCAUGACACUGUUCAUGGCGAUCAACAACAAUGACUUUGUGAGCGUUAAUGCAUUGUCACACGAGAUUGAUGAGUUGGACAUGGACACAUGCCAGAGAAUGUCAAAGGAGAUGGCCACAUUCAUAUCAAGUCGUCCUCAAGUGUUCAAGUUCAGCUGA